UUUUCCAGUGGUUAAAUGCCUUCAGGAAUUUUAAUUGGUCUUAAUUGCUCAAGCGUUCCUCCCAACAAGAUUGUUCUUCCUUCAGAGCAGAGAGGUCUGAGCAUCUGUACAGGCACGACUCAAAGAGUGGGUGCAAUGGAAGUCAAGGUGUCUGUGGAAGGUAUUCAACGUGUUGUCUGUGGCAUUACAGAGGAAACAACAUGCCAAGAUGUUGUUGUAGUGUUGGCUCAAGCCCUGGGCCAACCUGGACGUUACACAUUAAGGGAGAAAUUCAAAGACUUCGAGCGCUGCAUGACGCCCAGCGAACGCCUUCUGGAGACUCUUCGGAAGUAUGGUGAGCAAGCCAAGGAGGUGCAACUCACACUGCUCCACAAUGGACCCUCAGUCUGUGAUGAAAUGAGCAGGACAAAAGUUGGCAGAUACCAGCCCUGCCCGCCGCUGAGACGAAAGGAUGCCGGCCCCAGGAUCCGACGGGGCAGCAGUUCGCUUAGUUUGCAUCGUCAAAGCUUGCCGCCGUUGCCCUGUUCAAGACAGGAGGCGGAUCAGCAAAGAGAGGAAGUGAAAAGGCCAAAAAGAAAGUCUCUGACGAUCAUGGAGGAGGCCUGGGAAUGGUUGGAGAGUCUUGGGAAAGGCAAGGUCUACAGCACUGCUGGUGAGAAGGAAAGCAGCAGGAAUCGUUCCUCUUUGAAUGUCUCUCUCACGGUUGACAAAGAGAACUCAAGUCGAAGUAGUAAAAGCAAAAUAAGAGGUCAGAAAAGUUUAAAUUCAGACUUGGAUCAUCAAACAUCCUGCUGCAUGGGAAGUCAGACGAGGGGUAAAGAAAGCAAACACUCCAGGAAAACUCAAGACGUAAGAUCAGACGACAAGUUCAUCUCUAGAUGUUCUACAGGUGAAGAUGAAAAAACAAGUCUGAGAGAAACCAUCAUAUGUCAACUCGCUUAUCUGCAGGACUUGCAGGUCCAGAUAGCGCACGUAGACAAGCGGAUUCUUGAGCUUGAAGAAAUGCAAAAGGCCAAACAAGCUGAACAGGAGGCAGAGCAGAGACUGGUCGAAGAGGAAAUUGAGCAGAUCCAGUUUUGGGAGAAUGAACUAAAGGCAGAGGAAGGUUUCGAGAAAGAUUUGCAAUGUCAGUUUCUUGAGAUGAAGGCAAAGGCUGUGGAGUGUAAAGCCAAGCUGGAGGAGUACAAGGGAAGGAUGCAAGGACUUGAUUUUUUUACUCAAAACACUGUUGAAGAGGAUUCAGGGGCAGUGUCAGACGCCCCAGAUGAGAGUUCAGCUCUUCAAACUAAGGACCUUAAUCAGAAACAAUCUGACCUUGAAGUAUACACUAACAGGAAGUUCCUGCCCAGAGAAGACUCAAACCCACCUCACGCUCUAGUUGCUACCAGCCAGACAAAAGAGCGACGGCCCACAGGACCCACCGAGCUGAGGGAAUGGUGGACACGCUGGUCUGAAGCCCAAAGCUCUCAAGCACAGAGUAAAAAAAAGGUGAUUCACCGCUCUGAGCUUACGAUUUAUCUGGGCAGUACCAAGGUUUAGAAUCGAAAACCAAACAUCAGAAAUACACAGACCAUAGAUAUUAUGACGCCGCAUUUUGAACCAGCUUUAGGAUUGUUUUAAAAUCCAAAACUGGGUUUGUAAUUCUCACUCAAUUCCAGUAUUUCCUACAACCUUCCCUUGUUUAUUCUGUUAAGGGAGCCCCCUACUGGUAAACAUGGGGCAGUGAUAGCAGCAGUGAGUCUGUGGUUGUAAAAUGUUUGUACCAGCACAUCAGAAAAAAAUAUGUAUCUAGAGAAGACAGAUUAUUUAAAAAAGUUAGAAUACCUCUUUUUAUUUAACCUGUUUAAAGACAUGUUUAAUCAACAGAAGCUAAACAAACUUAGAUUUAACAUUUUUAGUUAAAAACCAAAUGAUUUGUGCAGAUAGGACUACUUGCCAAAUAGUAUGCAACCCAAACAAUACUAGUAUUGAAUAUAUUGUACAUGAUACUCCUUUAUUAAAGGGAAGGGAGUAAACUGAAGAAAGCUUUCCAUAAAGUUUAAUUUAGAUUAGGACUGAGCUUCCUGAACUUCUCAGUACAAGUAACGAACCAGAUUUCCGAACAAUAUGACAGAAAAUAGUUCCUGAAUGUCAGAGUGCAUGCAGUAAUAAGUCAAGUGAUUGGGGACAUUGAAGUUAAUGCUACAACUGAUUAUUAGACCUUUAAAGUUGUUUGGCCAGAUUUCUGAAAAAGUUGGCAUGUUGUGUAAAAUGUAAAUAAACCAGAAUAUAUUUUAAAAACAUUUGAUCCCUGUAUUUCUUAUCACAAAAUAGCAAAGACAACCAGUCAGAUGCUGAAAUGAAAUAUUUUCAUUGUUUUGGUGAAGUAUUUUGAAUUGUAUGACAAUGUUUUGAUACCAUUUUAUAAAGCUAUUGAGGAAAUGGGGUUCAUUUAUUGACAUGGAGCUCUAACGAAUGCAUCUUAGGGCUUUGCAAUUAAUUGCAAUUUCAUAGUUAUCCCAAUAUGAGCAGACACAGUAAACAUUGCAGAAGUCUGAAUUUAUCGAGAAACGUUAUUUGUUGUUAACAAGCAUAUAUUGUAAAUAUCUGAUGGAAA